AUGCGCACAUUGUACUCCAAUAGUAUUGCAUAUUAUAUAUUAACUAUGAAUAGUAGGAGAUUUGUGCUACAUAAAUUGACAAAAAUUAAACCAUUUAGAACCUAUCAUAGUUUAACAAGGAAAUGGUUUAAUGAAACAUGUUUCAUUCAGUACAAGAAUGUAUAUUCUCAAAACCAUCAAACACUGCAUGCAAGUACUAUUCAGAUGGAAAUUUCUAAAGAUAUCAAUCAAAAAGUUGAUCUGAAACAAUUCAAAGAUUUAUCUAAAAGUGGACCUACCCUAAAAGAUUUCAUAGUGCAUGAAACAAUACCACCAAUUGAUUCUAUCAAUGUACCAAAUAUCCCUUACAUAAAGAAUAUUAAUGGUGGCAACCAGAAAGUAUUUUUUGAAGUUUAUGGCUGUCAAAUGAAUGUCAGUGACACGGAAGUAAUCUGGUCUAUAUUAAAAUCACAUGGCUACAAAAAAACUGACAACUUAGAAGAUGCUAAUAUAGUUUUGCUUAUUACAUGUUCUAUCAGAGACCAUGCAGAACAGAAAAUAUGGUACAAAUUAGAUUACCUAAAUAGCAUCAGAAAGAAAAAAAAGUUUCCUAUGAAGAUUGGUUUACUAGGAUGUAUGGCUGAACGUUUAAAAGAUAAAAUAUUAGAAAAGAACAAACUGGUUGAUGUGAUAGCUGGACCAGACAGCUACAAGGAUUUACCAAGACUUCUCUCUAUAUCAGAAAAUAAAGCUGCUAUUAAUGUUGUUCUAUCAUUUGAUGAGACAUAUGCAGAUAUUACACCAGUAAGAUUAAACAAAGACUCCACUAGUGCAUUCGUCACAAUAAUGCGAGGUUGUGAUAAUAUGUGUACCUAUUGUAUUGUUCCAUUUACACGUGGGAGAGAAAGGUCACGACCUGUUGACAGUAUAGUUAAGGAGAUUCAGUCUUUAUCUGAUGAGGGUGUGAAGGAAGUAAUGCUACUUGGGCAGAAUGUAAAUAGUUACAGAGAUACGUCGUACUCAGAAUUUUAUAUGGCUAAUAAUGCAGAAACACAUCUGGUUAAAGGUUUUAAAACUGUAUACAAAAAUAAAAAAGGAGGCCGCAGAUUCUGCGAUUUGUUAGAUGAGGUUUCUCGUAUUAAUCCAGAUAUGAGGAUAAGAUUUACAUCACCACAUCCUAAGGAUUUUCCAGAUGAAGUUUUACAAUUAAUAGCAGACCGGCCGAACAUUUGUAACGAAAUUCAUUUGCCUGCGCAAAGUGGUAAUUCGAUGGUGUUGGAAAGGAUGAGAAGAGGAUACACAAGAGAAGCGUAUUUGGAUUUGGUACACCGUAUACGCGACAUUCUUCCAAAUGUAUGUCUUUCCAGUGAUUUUAUUACUGGAUUUUGUGGUGAAACUGAGGAAGAGUUUCAAGAUACAUUGUCAUUAAUACAAUUAGUCAAAUAUAACAGAGCAUUCUUGUUUGGAUACAGCAUGCGGGAGAAAACUACUGCACACCGCCGCUUUAAGGACGAUGUAGAACCAGCAGAAAAAAUAAAACGAAUUGAAAGAAUGAGUGCAACAUAUAGACCUAUAGCAGAGGAAUUAAAUAAGUCGCGGAUUGGCCGGUUGCAACUCGUACUUAUAGAAGGGGUUAGCAAGCGAUCGGAUGAAUGUCUUCAAGGAAGAAAUGAAGGAAACAUACGAGUAGUAGUUCCUACUAUGGAUAUACCUACUGAAAAGUACUCUGAUAUAAAGAGACCAAUAAAGAGUGGUGAUUACGUCGUUGUCGAAGUUCAAGACGCUAAUUCGAACACUAUAAUGGGCACACCUAUAUAUCAUUCAUCAAUAACGAAGUAUUCAUCAUCACAUGUACUGUAA